AACCAAAACAAAUUGUAAAUAAAUAACAGCGUGCAAGCAUUAAUUAUUGUAAUUUCGAUAGUUUUUGGAAGAAACAAUGGGUCAACCGCAGCGAAGAAAGAAGAUGCACAGUGGCGACACACAUCUGCGUCGUCGUUGGCGUCUAAGAAGUCGCAAAAAGGAUUUGGACGAGAUUGAUGUCGAUUUGAAAACACGUCCCGAUGAGAUGCUCAAUCAAGAUGUGGACUUUGAGAAGCCUGGAUUCGCUCAAAAUUAUUGCAUUCAUUGUGCCAAAUAUUUCAUUAACGAGCAAGCCAUGAAGGACCACUUCAAAACAAAAGUGCACAAACGACGUCUAAAGGCACUGGAAGACGAGCCGUACAGCGUGGAGGAGUCUGAACGAGCAGCCGGACACGGCAGUUAUGUGCCACACAAGAAGCGAAAAAUGGAAACGCAGCCAGAGAAAGGAGAAGACAGAAAAAUCGUCGUUGAGGAGGUUGAUGAGUUGCCACGAAAGAAAAAGCAGAAAAAGGCUCCCGCCAUGGAAACUGAGGAAAUGUGAUAAUAAAGAAAUAUUA